CUGGCUCCGCUGCUGCCGCCGCCGCUGCUCGCCCUGCUGCUGCUGCCGCCGCCGGAGCCCAAACCAGAGCCCCCGCCAGCUCUCGCCCAGAGCCGCCGCGCCCGGGGGCCGAAGCCGCGGCGAUGAUCCGAAUCUUUCCGGAUUUCAGCGUGCAGGUGACGGCCGCGGCGGCCGGCGGGGCGGCCGCGGGGGUGCCGGCGGGCGCGGGCAUGGGGAGGGCCGGCGCCGCGGCCAACGGCACCCCGCAGAACGUCCAGGGCAUCACCUCCUACCAGCAGCGAAUAACUGCCCAGCAUCCUCUGCCCAACCAAUCAGAAUGUAGGAAAAUCUACAGAUAUGACGGAAUCUACUGUGAAUCUACCUACCAGAAUUUACAAGCAUUGAGAAAGGAGAAAUCCCGAGAUGCUGCUCGCUCCCGCCGGGGAAAAGAAAAUUUUGAGUUCUAUGAAUUGGCCAAGUUGUUGCCUCUUCCUGCAGCCAUCACUAGCCAGCUUGACAAGGCAUCCAUCAUUCGACUUACAAUUAGCUAUCUGAAAAUGAGGGACUUUGCUAACCAAGGGGACCCUCCGUGGAACUUGCGAAUGGAAGGCCCUCCACCUAACACAUCAGUAAAAGGUGCACAACGAAGGAGAAGCCCCAGUGCACUGGCCAUUGAAGUAUUUGAAGCACAUUUGGGAAGCCACAUUUUGCAGUCCCUGGAUGGCUUUGUAUUUGCACUAAAUCAAGAAGGAAAAUUUUUGUACAUUUCUGAAACCGUCUCCAUCUACCUAGGCCUCUCACAAGUGGAGCUGACAGGCAGCAGCGUCUUUGACUAUGUCCACCCGGGGGACCACGUGGAGAUGGCAGAGCAGCUGGGCAUGAAGCUCCCCCCUGGGCGGGGUCUCCUCUCGCAGGGCACUGCUGAGGAUGGGGCCAGCUCAGCAUCUUCCUCCUCCCAGUCGGAGACCCCUGAGCCAGUGGAGUCAACCAGCCCCAGUCUGCUAACCACUGACAACACCCUUGAACGUUCCUUUUUCAUCCGAAUGAAAUCUACUCUGACCAAACGUGGCGUGCACAUCAAAUCAUCAGGAUAUAAGGUGAUUCACAUAACAGGCCGGCUACGACUGAGGGUGUCACUAUCCCACGGGAGGACCGUUCCCAGCCAAAUCAUGGGUCUUGUGGUUGUGGCUCAUGCCCUGCCUCCCCCUACGAUCAAUGAAGUCAGAAUUGACUGCCAUAUGUUCGUCACUCGAGUAAAUAUGGACCUCAAUAUCAUUUACUGUGAAAAUAGGAUUAGCGAUUAUAUGGAUCUGACCCCUGUAGACAUUGUAGGGAAGAGAUGCUACCAUUUCAUCCAUGCCGAAGACGUCGAGGGCAUCAGGCACAGUCACUUGGACCUGCUGAAUAAGGGCCAGUGUGUGACGAAGUACUAUCGUUGGAUGCAGAAGAAUGGAGGAUAUAUUUGGAUACAGUCUAGUGCCACCAUAGCUAUUAAUGCCAAGAACGCAAAUGAGAAGAAUAUCAUCUGGGUGAAUUAUCUUCUUAGUAACCCCGAGUACAAGGACACACCCAUGGAUAUCGCACAGCUCCCCCAUCUGCCAGAGAAAACUUCAGAAUCUUCGGAGACAUCUGACUCUGAAUCAGACUCUAAAGAUACCUCAGGUAUUACAGAGGACAACGAGAACUCCAAGUCCGACGAGAAGGGUAAUCAGUCCGAGAACAGCGAAGACCCGGAACCCGACCGGAAGAAGUCGGGCAACGCCUGCGACAACGACAUGAACUGCAACGACGACGGCCACAGCUCCAGCAACCCGGACAGCCGCGACAGCGACGACAGCUUCGAGCACUCGGACUUUGAGAACCCCAAGGCGGGCGAGGACGGCUUCGGCGCACUGGGCCCCAUGCAGAUCAAGGUGGAGCGCUACGUGGAGAGCGAGUCGGACCUGCGGCUGCAGAACUGCGAGUCGCUCACGUCGGACAGCGCCAAGGACUCGGACAGCGCGGGCGAGGCGGGCGCGCAGGCCUCCAGCAAGCACCAGAAGCGCAAGAAGAGGCGGAAACGGCAGAAGGGCGGCAGCGCCAGCCGCCGGCGCCUGUCCAGCGCGUCGAGCCCCGGCGGCCUGGACGCCGGCCUGGUGGAGCCCCCGCGGCUGCUGUCCUCCCCCAACAGUGCCUCGGUGCUCAAGAUCAAGACGGAGAUCUCGGAACCCAUCAACUUCGACAACGACAGCAGCAUCUGGAACUACCCGCCCAACCGGGAGAUCUCCAGGAACGAGUCCCCCUACAGCAUGACCAAGCCCCCCAGCUCGGAGCACUUCCCGUCCCCGCAGGGCGGCGGGGGCGGCGGGGGCCUGCACGUGGCCAUCCCCGACUCGGUCCUCACCCCGCCUGGCGCCGACGGCGCCGCCGCCGCCCGCAAGACUCAGUUCGGCGCCUCGGCCACUGCGGCCUUGGCCCCCGUCGCCUCCGACCCGCUGUCGCCCCCCCUCUCGGCGUCCCCACGGGACAAGCACCCAGGGGGCGGCGGUGGUGGCGGCGGCGGCGGCGGCAGCGGGAGCGGCCCCAGCGCGUCCAACUCCUUGCUGUACACUGGGGACCUGGAGGCGCUGCAGAGGUUGCAGGCGGGCAACGUCGUGCUCCCGCUGGUGCACAGGGUGACGGGGACCCUGGCCGCCACGAGCACGGCCGCGCAGAGGGUCUACACCACCGGCACCAUCCGCUACGCGCCCGCAGAGGUGACCCUGGCCAUGCAGGGCAACCUGCUGCCCAACGCGCACGCUGUUAACUUCGUGGACGUUAACAGCCCCGGCUUCGGCCUCGACCCCAAGACGCCCAUGGAGAUGCUCUACCACCACGUGCACCGGCUCAACAUGUCGGGACCGUUCGGCGGCGCCGUGAGCGCCGCCAGCCUGACGCAGAUGCCCGCCGGCAACGUGUUCACCACGGCCGAGGGACUCUUCUCCACGCUGCCCUUCCCCGUCUACAGCAACGGCAUCCACGCGGCACAGACUCUGGAGCGCAAGGAGGACUGAGGCGCCGCCCAGCGCGGGCCAGGGCUCCGCCCGGAGGCAUCGUCGAUCGGCGUUUUCGUUUAGACCUUUUAAUUCUAGCACUUUGAAUUCGAGCAGGUCAGCGUCCUCUCUCACCACGACGGCCCCCAUUCCACCCCCUCUUUCUUUAACUUGACUUAUUCUUUCCUGUAAAGAUAUGUUUAUUUUUCGCCUUCCGAGAGUCAGAUGACCAGUUGCCUGCCAUUUUGUCUCCUUCUAAGAUGUGUGUUGGGUUGUUUUGCUUUCCUUUUGCAUCUUUAUUAAGAUGUCUUUAAUGUUGUAUAUGCCUCUGCCAUAGAAUACUCAGUCUUGUGGUCAAGAGAUUUCUCAAGUGACAACCAUUGGGUUUUUCUUCCUAAAGAUCUUGAUAUGAUCAAGAUUGAAAGAGACAAGCAUAAACAAUGUGCCCUGUUUGACUAAGUCAAAUGAAAUGGGGUGGUUUUUUGUUUUGGUUCCUAAUUCCUUUAAAGAUAGGGGGGAUAGUAUUUUAGAAUUUUAUGCAGAAUUUAAUUCUCUUUUUAUGGUUAAGAUUUUAAGAUUUUCUUACUUGCACAUAAAAAUAAUUUGGGUUCUUAAACUUAAUUUCUGGCCUGUGACUAGAAUGUUUUAAAAAAAAAAGUUGGACUAAAUGUUAAUUACUGAAACAUUAACUUAAUUUCUAAAACCAUGGUGCUAUCAUUUAUUAAUCUGUAAUGUCUUCAUACAAAAUGCAGCUCCUGGGCUGGGUUUUGGGGAAAAAAAAAUAAUAAUAAUAACGUGUUCUGUCCUGGUCUGGAGUCCCGCUGCUGCAGUCUCCUUGGUUAGUUAAGACAAAGCCCUCAUUAACGUUUGCUGCAGGACUUAAAAUUUUUUACCUCCCAACUAACAAACAUAGCCUCACAUUAAAUUUAAUGGGUCAGUAAAGCCCUUUUUAAAGGGGCUUUUGGAAAACUCAAUCAAACUGAUUUGAGGAGCAGUUUGGGUACAUACUGCCUUUUGUUGGUCUGGGUUUUUGUUUUGCUUUUUGUUUUUUUCCCUUUUCUCAGUCUAACUGAGUCUAAUUUUUGCAACUUCAGUAACACUUCAGAGUAAAAGAAGGAAAGGAUAUUUAACAUGUCUUUGUUUUUGUUUUGUUUUUUUUUUAUCAUUUCUUGCUAAAAAAAAAAAAGGUUGCAUUUUUAGGGGACUGAUUUGAUUUCAUGAAAUUUUUUUCCCCUUUGGUUCUCUUGUUUCUAGGUUGAAACCGGUAAGGUUUAAAACUAAAGAAUGGGUUAAUAAGCUUCAAACAUAACUGCAACUGAAAACCGCACAUUAAGUACUAAAAAGAAAAAAAGAAAAAAAAAGAAAAAAAGGAAAAAAAGAAAAGAAAAAGAAAAAAAAUAUCCUAUUUUGUCUUUGUUGCCAGAAAUCAGUGUAGUGUCAAACACUCCAAAUGACUGUCGAGUAUAAAUUCUUCUUCCACUCCAUUUUUGGCAGCUGUUUGUUAAGGCAUCUAAUAACAGAUGUGAGAACUGUAACGUGUGCAAUGUGUACGUGUCCUUGGCUGUCAGUCCCAUUGCAAUUUCAAUGUGUGUUUCUAUAUGCAGUAUAUACUAAGCUAACGUAGUUGUUUUGUCCUUUGUCUUCUCUGUGCUCUAUCUCUAGUCCGGAGUGGUACAGUCCCAUUCCUGCAGUCCUAGUGAAUCAGUGAUUCUUGGGGGUUAGUGAUUUUUGUGUGGUGGCCUUCCUCUGUAAUGUCACCCUAUGCUGCUUCUACUGUCUGUGAAUCUUCCGUUUCACUUUUUGAAAUUCCUGCUGUUGCUUUGCUGGUGUAUAUUCUCCCAACCUUUCCUUUCUUUUCCUCCCUCUCUUGUCUCCCCCUGCUCCCUCCCCCAUCUCUCCUUUCCCCGCCUUCUCCAAAAUCUUUUUCAUUCUCAGAGAUAAAAAGACUCUUAACUAGCUCAAGGUUAAUGGAGCCAUUUUUUCCCACAAUGGAGUUCUGGGUAUGACUUUUUUCUUCUGGAGUGCAACGCAAAGCACUGAAGAAUAAUGCUCAGAUAUAUUAAAUAAAUUGAUGCCAUAUAGCCUCAGUUGUUAACAUUCCCAGAGUCCCUUGUGCUCUACCUAUAUAAGCAAUGGGUGCUUUUCUUUGGUUUCCUUCCAGGUUGGCUGAUGGAGCAAUACAUAAAGCAAUUACCAGUGAGACAGAAAAUUAUUUCAAAGGUCAACCAACAUUUUUUUUAAAACAGCAGGGGAGGGGAUAACGGAAUAUAGACUUGUCAUAUAUAUUUGUUUAUGUGUGCAAUGCUAAUAGAGUAAUUCGGCUGUCCUUUGAAUAUCACUGUGUUGAGUGGUUUCCUCUAGGACCUUUGUGAUUCCAUGAGUUGGGCCCACAUCACUGUGGAAUAAUAACUAAAAGACGUGAAAUGCCACAAAUUUUAAUAGGGACGUUACUUGAAGGAUUUAAGUAGGUUUAGAAGGUGAAGAAAGCCAGUCAUGAUAUUUAAAGAUUAAUUUUGGAAGCUCUACUCUAGCUAUCGAACAAUCAAAGGAAUGCACCUAUCAGCUACAAAGAACAGCUAGACAGCUGUUUUGUUUUUUUUUUUUUCCUUUUAUAAAUGUUUCUGUGUUGUGUCAAAAUGAUUUCUGGUGAUUUAAACUAACAGAUAAUCACAGCUGCUGUCUAAAUCCAUAGUGUUUAAAAUUACAAAAUGAAAAAAAAACACUUCAUUACCUGUGAAGACUGUGUCUGUGUUUUUAACUAUUUCUUGUACAAAUAUAUGAAAACUUUUAUGAGGAGACUGGUGCCAAGUAGCUGAAUAAUGGGGAAAGGGAUAUUCUGUUCGUAAAAAUCUUAGCAGUGUUACCAACUCUACAAUAUAUAUGAAAAGAAAAAUUAAAACAUUACAAAGCGACAGCUAUGGUACAUUUGUUUUGUGUGAAGCUAACCGGACCUAACUUCCUGAGUGCCUGGCUUAUUUUGAAACAUUUUUUUUCAUUGACCAUUGAUAAUGCUGCAAAUCAGAAAUGUACAUACUUCAUUUACAACAGGGUUCUUUUUAUACUUUUGUAGAUUCUCAUACAUGUCACAUACAUGGUUGUCUUUAUGUAACUUAAUUUUUUCAUCCGCAGGUGCCAUUUUCAUAAUAAACUUCUCUUGGAUUUGUUA